AGACGGCACAAAGAAGUCUCUCCGCUGACGCGUCACUCCGCGUGUGGCGUCCCCCCGUCAGAGACCCGGGUCUCUCUGGUCAGUUUAGCGCCGCGAGUCGAACCGAUUCGUGGGUCUAAAAAGCGCGCCGGAAGGUGGGAACGAUGCGAAACCUGUGAUAUCCUGGAUACCAACGUACGGCGAAAGCGCUCGAUAUCAACAAAGUGUUAGCAGACCUUCACCAAAAUGGCCCUCAUUGGGCUAGUCUCAGGCUUGGCAGGAUUUGUCAAGGUGCGAUACCUGAUAGAUAAGGCCAUAAUCGACAACAUUGUCUUCCGCUGUCACUACAGGGUGACCUCUGCUAUUUUGUUCCUCUGUUGUAUCAUUGUAACGGCAAACAACCUAAUUGGCGACCCUAUUAGCUGUAUCAAUGAUGGUGCUGUGCCUGGACAUGUGAUCAACACCUAUUGUUGGAUCACAUACACUUUCACCCUGCCCCAUCAGCAAGGGCAGCCGAAAGGAUCGUAUGUUGCUCACCCUGGAUUGGGCAAUUACGUUGACCAAGAAGAUGCUCCUCGCUACCACUCAUAUUACCAGUGGGUGCCCUUCAUGCUUUUCUUCCAGGGAAUUCUCUUCUACAUCCCCCACUGGAUCUGGAAGAACUGGGAAGAGGGAAAGGUUCGCAUGAUUUCUGAUGGCAUGCGAGGUGCCCUGAUUGGACCUAAAGAAAACCGUCGAGACAAAGUCAACCGCCUUGUACAGUAUAUAAUGGAUACUCUACAUAUGCAUAAUUUCUAUGCUGCUGGCUACUUCCUUUGCGAAGCUCUAAACUUUGCUAAUGUGGUUGGUAACAUUUUUUUCAUGGACCUCUUCUUGGGUGGAGCUUUCCUGUCAUAUGGCACUGAUGUAAUCAGAUUUUCUGGAAUGAACCAGGAAAAUCGCACUGAUCCAAUGAUUGCUGUUUUCCCGAGGAUGACCAAAUGCACCUUCCAUAAAUAUGGUGCUUCUGGCAGUUUGCAGAAACAUGAUGCUCUGUGUGUCCUGGCCCUGAACAUUCUCAAUGAGAAGAUCUACAUUUUCUUAUGGUUCUGGCUCAUUGUACUUGCAGUGAUGUCAGGAAUAGUUCUGCUCUACAGCUCAGCCCUGGUUGUUCUACCAUCAAUGAGAGAACUAGUACUGAAGUGGCACUUCCGUGUUGGUACGCAAAAUGAAGUUGCUAUUUUAAAUCGCAAAACACAGAUUGGAGACUUUUUGCUUCUUCAUUUGCUGAGCCAAAAUAUGAACAUGAUGGUGUAUGGAGAAGUUCUCAAUGAAUUGUGCAACAAGAUGUACAAUGGCAACAACCUGCCAACUGCUCCAUCAACAUUAGAGCUAUCUCCUAUUUAUCCUUCAGAGAAGCUUAGCAAGAUGGGGCGGGAGACUGAAGCAUAAUGCUGCACUUGCUGAGUCAAACUAUAAUGAAUUUUGAAUGAAUUUUUGAAACAACGAUGCACUGACCAUGCAGCAAUGAUGAAUUUGACAAUAAUAGGAAGAUUUUAUUUUUGAUGUUUUUAUCAAGGGGGUGGAUUAAAAUCUGCUCUCACGACCCUGGACAGGAAAAUUAUUUCUAGUGUAUUUUAUGUUAUGAUGUUGAUUGUUUGUGUGUAAAUGUGUGAUUAUGAAUGUGAGUGUGUGUCUGUGUGCAGAACAGUGUGAUUGAAUCUAUAUGAAAUUGGUGCUGCCAUUAUAUAAUUUGAGUAUUAUUAUGUCUACUUACAAGUUUCUUGACAAUGGCAAAAACUGUUUGUAUUUGCUUUAAACCUCAAACAAGAUGCUAGUGCAUCUUGUUUAUUGUUACUAGAUUGUAAAUUGCAUUCCCUAAAUGUUCUACUGCCAAGUUGUUCAUUUCUGAUAUUAGAAAGUAUUUUUUUAGCCUUUGAUAUAUUACUUUUAGAUUCUUGUAAUUGCUCAUAAAAAUAAACAUUGUGAUGUGUAAGACAUAUAUAACGAUCUCUACCUGAUAGGUAAGUCUAGAGAUGAACAAAUUAUUUUGUAAUUUAAACUCAUCUCAAUAUUUUAAAUUAAAUCAUUUCUUUUUCUCUGAUCAUGAUUUGAUGUGUGGAGUCCAACUUGUACUGUAUUGCAAACUGACAGGUUCAUUUUGAAAGUUGGUUAUGUAAAUACAUUGAUUUUAAAUAUAAUUUUAAACCCAUA